AUGAAGUUGGGCGAGCUCGUGGUGGUUCCAUUGAUGGAGGACGCCAAGAGUUUGGCCGCCUUCAUCCUCUCCUCUGCCGAUCUCAGCCAGAGCGUUACCUCCGCCGCCACCGCCCUCGAUCGCUUCCUCUCCCCAGCUCUCCUUGGUCUGCCCGUCCCGCCCACACCCGACUCGGCGCCCCCCUCGUCUCCCCCCUCUGACGCGGGAGCGAUGAUGGUGGACAUGCCGAGGCUCGAUAGGCGCGGCUCGACGGAGGCGCUGCCCAACGGAACGACGCCAGGUCACCACCGAGCGGGCUUGGCGCUGACGAUGGAGGAGGAGGCCGCGCUGAGCGGCGCCAACGGCUGGGGUCACGUCAUUCAGUCCCUUUCAUCAACGCCGUCGUGA